AAACAUACGAUAUUUUGUAUUAGUGUACAGGGGGGCAGAAAGUGCAACUCGAUAUUAAGUUUUGCCUCUAACCUUGUAUCCACCGUCGCUGGCACAGUAUAAUUUCGUUAACGAUUUGUAUGAAACGCGGGUUUUUAAGUCGAUUAUUUAUUUUACUUUUUUUUUAAAUUUCGUGUGAUGUGAUUCAAAUUAUGCGUCGGGACGAACGAAUUAGCGACUAUAAUUACGCAUCCACAAACGAUAUUAGAUUGUUACGAGCAAACAUUCAUAUAAAAGGAUUAACUUGUUUCAAAUAGUUUUGUGCAGGAAAUGGUUACUUGGCGGUGUUGCUCUCUUAUUAUAAGCAAAGUUAUUUAAUAAAACGAUUUGGAUUUUAUUGAUGGUGAUGUGGUGGGGUUAUGUGGAGAGCAUAAAUAGUUAUGUGUUGUGUUUGUAUUUGUAAAUUAAUAAGUUUUAAUAAAAUGCAAACAAUAGCAGGGUGAUACAAAAACGUAAAGCCGUCAAUUGAUUAAUUUUAUUCGACAGUAAAAUGCAACAAACGUUCUCUAAACCACGAUAUAUUAAGCGAUACACAUGACUUCAAUCCGUUUAUUCGUUAAAAUGGUAAACCGAAUUUAAUUAAUUACUUUGCCUGAAUCACAUUUGUACGACUCUGCGGAGAGAACGAGUGGUUUCUACUCUUCUCAAGCUGGGUCAACAAAGAAAACAUUAAUUUACAAUGAGAAUAUUGAUGAUCACUGCAGCGUUCUUACUAGCAAUGCCUAUUACAGGAUUUGGAUGGGCCGAGGGCAGUAACUUGCUACUGGAUCCACAUUUAGUAUGUAAAAAAACGCGUCGGUUACGUGGCAAACACAAUGACAUCUGUAAAAAUGAAACAUCACUCAUGAAAGAAAUAACAAAAGGAAUUAAUUUGGGAUUUAAGGAAUGCGAAUAUCAGUUCAAAAACAGAAGAUGGAAUUGUACAUCACACAAAAAGAAUAUUAUGAGAAAAGUUCUAAUCAGAGAUACAAGAGAAACUAGCUUCGUCAAUGCAAUAACAGCAGCUGGACUGACAUAUGCGGUAACAAGGGCCUGUACAAUGGGAAAUCUAGUUGAAUGCUCAUGUGAUAAAAAUCAACGACGACAACAAUAUAAUAAUGUUAAUAGUAAUGAUAUUAUCAUCAACGAUAUGAACAAUAUGAAGAAUAUGAAGAAUACGAAGAAGAGGAACAAAAAAUUGGGUAAAAAUUUUGCAUUGCCGGAUGGCGAUUGGGAAUGGGGAGGAUGCGGUGAUAAUGUGCAUUUUGGUCUCAGAAAGUCCAAAGAAUUUUUAGAUUCAAUCAGAUAUAAGCGAAGAAGUGACAUUAAAACGCUGGUCAAAUUACAUAACAACAAUGCCGGACGAUUGGCAGUCAAACUAUUCAUGCGAUUGGAAUGUAAGUGCCACGGUCUAUCCGGUUCGUGUACGAUCCGAACGUGUUGGAUGAAAAUGGCAACAUUCCGUGAAAUCGGAAAUCGUCUCAAAGACCGUUUCGACGGUGCGGUAAAGGUAAUAUCACGAAACGAUGGAAACAGUUUUAUGCCAGAAGGUGUUACAAUCAAGCCGCCAACACGACAGGAUCUGGUGUAUACGGAAGAUUCGCCGGACUUUUGUCGGUCGAAUCAUAAAACUGGUUCACUCGGCACAUAUGGCCGUGAAUGUAAUGCAACAUCCCAAGGCGUUGAUGGAUGCGACUUAUUAUGUUGUGGUAGGGGUUACGAUCAUCACAUCGUUCAAGAAAAAGUUAAUUGCAAAUGUUCCUUUAAAUGGUGUUGUGAUGUUACAUGCAGUGUUUGCAUUGAAAACAGAGAAGUAAAUACUUGUCGAUAAGAGAACAUUCGUUGUAUAAUUAACUGCGGAAAUGGUCAAGUUGAUUAUUGCUUAUAAUAUCCCACGGUUUGUUGUGAAAAAUUAUGUCGAUUACAUUGUAAGCACUAAGUUAUAAAAAAAAAUAUUUUCUUUUUUCGUCAACAAGACAUUAUAAUUUCGAUUUCAGCAACACUGUGUGCUCAGGAUACAAAAUUCUUUAUUAUACGAAUAUUUAUUGUAAAAAUUGGUCAAACGUUUAUUGGACUAAAUAUUAUAUUUUAGCGAGACAAAGUUAUUUAUAAAUAAAAAGAGAUUGAACAUC